CCUCCAAAUAUGCAAGUAGAAGGCCCAAUUUAAUCAUUUAAUAUAUUAUAAAGGUAUUUGUGGAGAUGAGCUAUAAGAAAAGGCAAAAAAGAAAAGGCAAUGUCUAUAACUAUUGUGUACGUGGGGUAUAAGAAAAGGCAAAAAAAAACAUGGAGCCUGAGAUAAAUCAGCCGGAUAGAGCAAUAAAAAUAGUCUGUUGCUCCAUAUACGGAUAGUUUGUUACAGAAGUAUGAUUCGCUAGGAGGAUAAUAAUGCCUCAUGAUCUCGCUGUAGCUAUUGGCCGCAUCCCCACUCUCCUCCACCUCGCACCGCGCCAGACUUGAUCGAUCGAUAAGGGACUCCGGACUCCAGCGAACGUGGGCACCUACAACUCUACAGCAACCGCCAGAAGCAGUCACCACAAUAUUGUUCCCUUCCCCAAUCGCCCCAUCCAAACUCUCCUCCACCUCGCCGGCCUCCUCCACCUCAACUCUGUCCACUCGCCCCACGAAUCUGGCUGUGUUGCAUCAUUCUCAAUGUCUGGGCCGCCAUCCCCGAUGCCCUCUGUGGAUCAAUCUCCACCCAGAUUCGGUGCUAUUGUCCAUGCUAUCAACGCGGAAAACAUCGACAGAGGAUUAAAGGGUGAGGACACAGAUAAUAUGCAGAUUGAAGAGGGGCUGACCAAAUCUGAGAGCAACGAGCUAGAAAAUAAAACCAGCAAAGAGGCUACGUACUCCAAAUUGACAAAUGAAUUAUCCGACAACAAAACAAGUCAACAACUGUUGUCAGCUCUUGACAACCACUUAGCAACAACGUCUGGCACGGAAUGGCCAGGAACUAUACAAAACGAGUUGGCAUUGCCCAUCCAGAUGGAGAAACAUAUGCGACGGCAUAACAAGCCUAAGAAGGCAGAGGACUAUGUGGUUUCUCCAGAAGAUUAUGCUUGCACCAGCGAUGAUUGGUCCGUGAUUGACAAAAUCAGAAAUGAACCUAGCGACAAAAGAUAUUUAGUGAGCAUCGGUGAUGGAUAUCUUAAAAAGGCCGAGUUAAUGUCUCUUUUAACUCCCGGAGAAUUCAUUGGCGAUGAAAUCAUAAACGCGUACAUAAAUUGCAUAAGUCGUACAGAGCAUCUACAGAUGAGGGCAGGUGGAAGUGUGUUUUUAGAGAAUGCAUGCAUCUCUAAGACCAUAAAGAGUUUUAGCUGGUUGGGGCCUGAUGAUGCACCAACAUGGUUAUUAGAUAGAGUCAGAACUUAUUUGAAACAUGAUAUGAUACACAUUCCAGUGAACAGUAACAACAUUCAUUGGUACGUAGCAGUUAUAAAUACCAAAAAACGAUGUAUCCAAGUGCUCGACUCGCUCGGCAGAGGAAUGGGUCGCAAAGACCUUGCUGCUAUGGUUGAAGGACUGCAAAAUUUAUUCAAAUAUGCAUCGCUUAACAUGGAAUUAAAAGCUGAUAAAUGGCCGGACCUAAACGUGACAACAUGGCCACGAGAAGAGUGCAUUACGAGCAGUCUUCAAACAGAUGGCUCAUCGUGUGGUUUGUGGAUGUUAAAUUUCAUGGAAUACUUCACGGGGGAUAUUGUAUCCGACAUUCCUGAACAGGUCAAUAUGACAGAUUUUAGAAGCAAACUAGCAGCCAUUUUGGUGGAUUCACAUUUGAAUGAUGAUGAUAUAAGGAAUCGAGACUUGAAAGAUGAUGAAGACCAAACCUUUGAUCCCACUGAUUGUGUCAUUGUGGAUGGACCCCCUAAAAGCAUCAAAACAUCGAAACUAGCAUCUGAAAUUGGAUUCAUCUCGCAGUCAUUGCUUCUGUCACCAUCUGCCAAUCCAACCGAUGAGGAAUUAAUAGAUGAACUUCGCCUAUACAUCAGCACAAUUCAUGAUGUCCCUUCACUAGAGACCGAAUGGGUUAAAAGUUCAAGUCCUUAUCCUAUUAGUCUUAAUUUAAGACAAAUAAGUAACAUACUAAAAAUGAAUGAAAAUAUGGACGUUAGUUGCUUCAAUAUGGUUGUACGGAUACUGGCGUGGCAUGACAUCCAGCUUGCUAGGGAUGUCCCAGUCUACUACAUGGAUUUGAACUUUUGUUUGAUGUCUCAAUAUGCACGAGAUCCAAGUCGUAGUGACAAUCCUGACGUUGCUCGGUUGGCUCAGUUGUUUCUUAGCUGGCCUGACAGCAAUGAGUAUCAUAUAUCUGAAUGCAAUAUGAUUUUAUUGCCUUGGGAUAUUGUUGGGUUAUUCCAGUUGUUCGUCUUCGAUCGGCACAAAAAAGUUAUCUCUUUUUUGAACCCGCUUCCAAUACCAUAUUUGGCGAAGACUAUACUUAAAAAUGUGGCCGAUAAUUUUAAUCUUGCCCUUGAAGUUGCAAACCCUGCAUCAAAGGAUGACAUAACUAAAUGGGGUUGCAAGGCUCCCAAAGUUCCAACAAAUCUAGACGAUGCUCUGUCGGGUUAUUUGGUUUUUGAGUUCAUGCAUUCAUGGUACGAUGGAUUGCUACAUUUUCCAGUACCCACGGACGGUUUUCAACUAAGGAAGCGAUUUUUGGUUCACAUCCUGAAGUAUGAAGCAAAUGAAGCUUUAAGCAAUAUCCCAGCCAUUGCACGAAGCCUUAUUGAUCGCAUAAAAAAGUGGACCUUCAAGAAAGAACCGUCAUCCGCGAAUAAAUAGAAGAUACAAUGUUGCUUAGUUAUUUUAUCUGUCACUCAUAUUUCGCCAUGUAUCAAGAAUACAUAGAUGGACCUUCAAGAAGAAACAUAAUACAUAUUGUUGCUUAGUUUA